CAACCGUCUGCUGGCUGGUGAGGAUUAGUCUUGCAAGAUGCGCCGACUAUUGCUGCUGGUUUUUUUCUCUGUCGCUGUGGCACGUGUGUUGGAUGUUUCAGGUGAAGCAGAUGAACCAGAUGAACCCAUCAAGUGCUACGUUUGCGAUUCCACAAAAGAUUCUCGCUGCGAAGACCCAUUCAGCUAUCCUGCAGACCUGCUGAUGACGUGUCCAGGAGACAGGGCUGACAGCUGCAUGAAGAAAAACUUCGAAGGUGGCACGGAGCGGUGUUGCCUAUGUAGCAACAAUGACACCACUCCGGGGUGCUGUGGCAAGCAUGGCCCAGGCAGGAUCGUGUCCACUGUCAGCCUCUGCUUUGCAGAUGGCUGCAAUGGCUCCGCCUAGUAAAGAGAAACGGAUGCUGAUGAUAUCUGAAGUAUGUCAGUGUGUCACUUCUGUUAUCUGUUACCUGUUCCAUCGACACACGUAUGCUUGCUAAACUGAAAUAUAUUUUGGCAUGUCAAGUAACGUACUUAAAAACAUUUACUAUAUGAUAAAUAAACAGCAGAAUGAAUUUUA